AUGAGAAAGAAGGUGAAACUUGCGUUCAUUGUCAAUGAUAAAGCAAGGAAGGUAUCAUACAAGAAAAGGCAUAAGGGUCUAUUGAAGAAGCUUGCUGAACUCACCAUUCUUUGUGGGGUUGAGGCAUGUGCUAUAAUUUAUAGUCCAUAUGAAUCUCAGCCAAAGGUUUGGCCAUCCCAAAGGGGGGUCCAAAAGGUGAUCAAAAAGUUCAGGUCUAUUCCUGAAUUUGAGCUAAGCAAGAGGAUGCUGAACCAAGAGAGCUUUAUGAAGCAGAAGGUCCAAAAGGCCAAAGAUCAAUUGGACAAAGUGAGAAAAGACAAUAGGGAGAAGGAGAUGUCUUUGCUCAUGUUUCAAUAUCUUACUGAAGGAAAUAUUAUUGACAAUCUGAGCUUGGUUGAUUUGAAUGAUCUGACAUGUUUGAUCAAUGAGAACCUGAAGGAAAUUGAUUGGAGGAUGAAAGAACUGAACAAGAAGGCUUCAACAACUCAGAACCAAGCUCAGGUGGCAGAACAAGUGGUGGCAGAUGGAGCAACUAGGCAAGCAGAGGAGGCACAAGUGAUGGAUCAUGGCCAAGGGUUUGAGAUGAACAUGGACGCUCCACAAAAUGAGUCAUGGAUUUUGGACUGGAUCAAUGGUGCAGAUGAUGAAGUACUGAUGCCAUUUGGAGAUGCCAAUUACCCCAAAAAUUGA